CUGGGUAUCAAGGUCGACGAGGACAUAACUGUUGAGGAUUUUAACCCUGAAGGCGAACUUCAAAUCCGUGGUGAUGCUGACUUGUGUUCUCCCGAGGACACCAUUGUUAUGCCAACUGCCACGUUCGCUGAUGAAAUUCGUGCGAUGUCUGCAGACACCGUGGAGACGCCUCCGUGCAUGUUUUUCAGUCAUGUGGCAGGACGUGUGAAGGAGGAUGCAGCGGAACCAUCGAGUUGUUUGGGAGCCGUUCAGAAUGGCCCAUCGAGCCCACCGCCUAUCCAGCCGCCGUGCUCCUCCGAAUUUGUCACAGCGCUCGAAUGUAACGGAACAAUGGCUUCCCCUAGCCCGACGGGAGACUCCAACAUUCAGUUUCUAUCUGACGAACGGGAACAAUCUUCUCGCAAUCGUAUUGCUUCCUCCCCCGCGGAGCCCAGGCCCCAUCCUCUUAUUUCCUCCACGGACCCGGAGGGUUAUACGGAAGCAGAUUCACCUGACAAUCAACAAUCGUCCUCAUUGAAACUAUCAAGUUCUUUAUCGAUUGUUUCACCAUCGCAACAAUUAACUUCAUCUGAAUCGCCCCCCCAAGGCCUUUUUUUCUUACAUUGGCUUUCGGCUGAGAAAUGUGGCAAUGGAGCAUCUGCUGCCGCAGCACUCAUCCGUGAUCUUAGAUCCCAGGUUGUGAACUGUCAAGCAGAAAUCAAUAGGCUGAAGACCAUCGUAUCCCUGCAAAUGAAUUCGACUUCAUGCGACCAUGGAACUUCGGUCCCAUCUUUGGAAGGCAGAAAUACGACAACAGGGCGCAAUCGAUUGCAUCCAAAUGUCGGCCAAACGGUUCGACAAAUCGCCAGUCACAAGAAAUACCGAGCUCCGAGAAGAUCCAAUUCCACCCUGUCAGCAUCCCCUAUUCCCGUUGCGCUUUCGAACAAGGAUGUAAUUGCAAUGAUAUCUCCACACAUUGACAGUCACAACAGCACCACGCAACCAGUACCGAAGGGCACCGCUUCCACCCUCGAGUUUCGUUCAGCAAUGACCCAUUCGUCCUCGAUGAGCUCCCAAUCCGCUCUGGAGCAAUCACAUGCGACCAAAAUUAAUAAAUCUCCCGAGUCCUUCAGCCAUUUGGCCACUGCAUCUCACAGCAGCAUCAGUUGCGCCGAGACGGACACACCCGAACAGAUUUUCGGACGUCGUGCCAUGGUUCCUGGCUUUCUCGACGCCCUGCGCUGGUUGGAAGAAGAGGCUGAUAAGUUUUCGGAGAGGUUCCCCGCUGGCAACAGUUGCUCCCAUGGUAGAGAGGUUUGAAGACAGCCCCAGACAUGGUUACAUUUUGCUUGUUUAUGGUCUGCCCCUCAUUCCCACCCUGAAGUAUGAUAUUCCAAGUACGUUACCUGUAUACUAUCAAUAUUCGUUCUCUUCGACC